CCCAUGGUGUGAGCUUCGUCCGCCAUGACACCAGUAACGACCAGAUCCGCGGUCUAAUUCCAUCCCAACCCUCGCGGUAGCAUGAGCUCUCAGCCGGCGCUAUGAAGGAGAGCCUGAACGAAAUGCCGGUCGCCGCUCACGAACUUCUGGUCAGGGGUAGGCACGGCGCGUUUGAGUUCUCGGCUGAGCAGUUGAGCGGCCUCAUCGAAUCGCGAAGCCUCGACACCUUCUACGCCCUUGGUGGCCUGCCUGGGUUAGAGAAGGGACUGCGAACCGACCGGAAUACGGGAUUAAGCGUGGAUGAGUCGGGCCUCAAGGACCAUCACUCCCCGGAGACAGCCUCGCCCAUCCACAGAUCAUCCCAUCACCAUCAUCAUGAUACCGAACAGUUCGCAGAUCGACGCACCGUCUUCGGAGAUAACCGCCUGCCCAUUCCCAAACCACCCACGAUCCUGCAAUUGAUAUGGAUGGCCUACAACGAUCACGUUCUCUUCCUCCUAACCGGUGCAGCUAUCAUCUCGCUGGCCCUAGGUCUCUAUCAGACGUUCGGGACCAAGCACAUAAGUUCGAAUCCGCCAGUCGAAUGGGUAGAAGGAGUCGCCAUCAUCGUCGCUAUCAUCGUUAUCGUACUGGUCGGCGCAGGCAAUGAUUUUCAGAAGCAAUGGCAGUUCCAGAAGCUGAAUAAGAAGAAGCAGGAUCGUGACGUGAGGGUCAUCCGCUCCGGUCGGUCGCAAGAAGUCACUAUCCAUGACCUGGUGGUCGGGGACAUCGUGCACAUGGAGCCAGGAGAUGUUAUUCCUGCCGAUGGCAUCCUGAUCCAGGGUCAUCAUAUUCGGUGCGACGAAUCAUCUGCAACAGGCGAGUCGGACCUGUUACCCAAGCACUCCGGAGAUGAGGUCGCCGAGGCGUUUGCCGAUUGUCGGGAUACAAAGCAUCUCGAUCCGUUCGUCAUAUCUGGCUCAAAGGUUGCCGAAGGCGUCGGGUCGUUUUUGGUCUUAGCAACGGGGGCGCAUUCAAGCUACGGCAAAAUCCUCUUAAGUCUCGAGGAGGACCCUGGAUUCACCCCACUGCAGUCGCGACUCAAUGUGUUAGCCAAGUACAUAGCCAAAUUUGGCGGAAUUGCUGGCUUGGUGAUGUUCGUCAUUUUGUUUAUCAAGUUCUUGGUUGGUCUGCGCCAUUCAACGGUGUCUGGGACCGAAAAGGGUCAGAACUUUUUGAAUGUUUUCAUCAUUGCCUUGACCGUCGUAGUGAUCGCCGUUCCCGAGGGCCUGCCUUUGACCGUGACUCUGUCUCUUGCAUUUGCCACCACGAGGAUGCUCAAGGAUAAGAAUUUGGUCCGUCAGUUGUGGGCCUGUGAAACUAUGGGCAAUGCCACCGACAUCUGCUCGGACAAGACCGGGACACUGACUCAGAAUAGGAUGACGGUGGCCGCAGGAACGAUUGGCACAAUGGCAGAAUUUAACAAUCCACAACCCCAGAUAGACGGCGUGGCUGGAGCUGUGCCAACUACUGCUGAGUUCACAUCUCAUCUCAACACUGGCAUUAAAUCGCUCCUUCGGGAAUCAAUCGCCAUCAACACCACCGCCUUUGAAUCGAAAACAGAUGGGAGCCGAUCGUUCGUCGGAUCCAAAACCGAAGCCGCCCUGCUAGACUUCGCACGGGACCACUUGGCCAUGGGUCCGUUGGAUGUGGAAAGAUCAAAUCAUGAAGUAGUGGAACUCUUCCCAUUCAGUGCUUCUCGCAAGUAUAUGAUUACUGUGGUCCGCCUGGGGGAGGGUUAUCGAGCAUACGUCAAAGGAGCGGCGGAGUCAUUGUUGGGUAUCUGUACGAGUUCCAUCAUAGACCCAACAGGAGGGUUCUCCAUUGUCGCCCUGGACGAGAAUGCAAAGCAACUCCUGCGGCAGAAGGUAGAUGUUUACGCCUUGCAAUCGCUGCGGACAAUCGCCUUGCUCUUCCGAGACUUUGAGACAUGGCCCCCAAACCAGGCAGGGGAGAUUCAAUCAGACACACUUGACAUUGAUGAUAUCCUGCGGGGCAUGACCUUCCUUGGCAUUGCCGGUAUCCGGGAUCCUCUGCGACAAGGGGCCCAUGAUGCCGUAGAGACUUGCCACCGGGCAGGCGUGACGGUACGAAUGGUCACAGGCGACAAUCUCUUGACGGCCCGAUCUAUCGCUCAGGAGUGCGGCAUCAUCUCCAGCACCGAGGACAUUGUCAUCGAAGGACGGGAAUUCAGAAACCUGACCGAGGAGCAGCAACUUGAGAUUGCGCCCCGACUCAAAGUUCUGGCCCGAUCCCGGCCCGAAGAUAAGCGCACGCUCGUCCGAAGGUUGAAGGAAAUCGGGGCAACAGUUGCUGUCACAGGAGAUGGGACGAAUGACGCCCCCGCACUUACCGCAGCCGAUGUUGGCUUUUCCAUGGGAAUUUCGGGGACAGAGAUUGCGCGCGAGGCUUCCGCCAUUGUGCUGAUGGACGAUAACUUCAGUUCGAUUGUAAAGGCAAUCAUGUGGGGGAGAGCAGUCAGCGAUGCGGUUCAAAAGUUCUUACAGUUCCAAAUAACGAUUACCUUUACCUCGGUCGGACUAGCGUUUGUCACGUCUGUGGCCAGCUCCAGCGAAACAUCGGUGCUGACGGCCGUGCAGCUGAUGUGGGUCAACCUGUUCCAGGACACAUUGGCAGCACUGGCGCUCGCUACUGAUCCACCGUCGCACAAGGUAUUGGAUCGGAUGCCAGACAAAAGAUCGGCUCCUCUGAUCACGGUGCCGAUGUGGAAGAUGAUCAUCGGCCAGUCAAUCUACCAGCUUGUCGUGACAUUGGUGCUUCACUUUGCCGGCAACAGCAUCUUCUCAUACAGCACCUCCCAUGAGCACUCUCAGCUGCAAACCGCCGUAUUCAACACGUAUGUGUGGAUGCAGAUAUUCAACUUGUACAACACCCGCGUACUCGGAAACAACGUCAACGUCCUUGAAGGCGUGCACAGAAACUGGCUCUUCAUCGGAGUCAGCGUCAUUAUGGUUGGGGGGCAGUUGGUGAUCAUGUUUGUUGGAGGUCGCGCAUUUUCGAUUACCCAGCUCGACGGUGUGCAAUGGGCCUACUCGAUAGUGCUAGGAGUAUUAUCGCUUCUAGUUGGGGUUCUCGUGCGUUUCAUUCCCGAUAUUCUAGUGGAGCGUCUAUUUGCUGGGUUGGCGGCUAUUACAGGUCCCCUGCUGAGGCUCCUGCGUGUGAAAAGGGAUUGACCCUUUCAGUCGCGCUGCCGUGUGCCUUUUUUUUUUUUU